AUGAAGCUCGCCACGGUCGCCCUCGUUGCCGCUUCCUGCAUAUGUUCCGUCGCCGCCCUGGGAGUGAAACCGGUCUUGCUCCCAUGCACGGCCAUGUGCGUCCGCAAGGCCACCAAGAGUCUGGGCUUGUGCGUCCAGGACAUGGCCUGCUAUUGCAUCCCGAAAAACUUCGUUCCUAUUAUGAACGCUGCAAGAGAGUGCAUAGCGAACGAAUGCGACCCGCAAUUUUUUGGUGCCUGGAUGAAACUGGCAAAUGAGGCCUUUUGCCGCAAGUUGAUUGCUUCCAUUGAGGCCGACGCCCGUACUCCUGCUGGGAGAGCGUCUGCGACUCCCUCUGUUCAGACGACAGCCCACACUCCGGCUACGACCCUGGCUACGACUACAUCCAUUGAGGUCGCAGCCGACACUCCGGCUCCGACCACGUCGACAUAG